GGGGGGAAGAGCGUCCAGUUUAAACACAGAAACACACAAACUGCUCCGCUCCGUAUCUGUGUGUUCGGCAACCUGAAACCGACGGAUUUUCUCUAAUUCUCGGUACCGGUUGAGAUCAGAAUCAUCGCCAUGGACGAGUCUGGCCGUAACGGAGGAGUUACGGAGGUUUCUGAGAAGCUGGAGAGGUCUCUGACCAUCGAUUCAGGCGACAGGAUGGAAAAGUAUCAGCGAUUGAUUCAAAACGGUAAAGGUGUGGCCAGACGAGGGGACAUGGAGAAAGCACUGGAGUUCUUCAAACUGGCGUACAACAUUCACCAGAGUGAAAAACUGGAAAUCAGAAUCAAGAAGAUUGAAGAACUGAUUGCUCAGAAUGACUCUGAGGAAGAAGAUGAAGAGUUUGUCAACGUAAACAACAGCGGUUUGAUGCUUUUUAAACAGCUGCAUGACAAACUGUACGACUACCAGCGGGACGGCGUCGCCUUCCUGUACAGCCUCUACAGGGACGGACGUAAAGGCGGCAUCCUGGCUGAUGACAUGGGCCUCGGAAAAACCAUCCAGGUGAUUUCGUUCCUCUCCGGGAUGUACGACAAUGAUGUGGCUAAACACACUGUGCUGGUCAUGCCGACGUCCCUCAUCACAAACUGGACCAAGGAGUUUGCCAAAUGGACUCCAGGCAUGAGGGUCAAGGAGUUUCAUGGGACUAGCAAAGGGGAGAGAACCAGGAACUUGGAGAAGGUCCAGAGGAGGGGUGGCAUCCUCAUUACGACCUACACCAUGUUAAUGAACAACUGGCAGCAGGUGUCAUCGUACCAUGGCAGAGAGUUCACCUGGGACUACAUGAUCCUGGACGAGGCCCAUAAGAUUAAAAACAGUGGCACGAAAACAGCCAAAAGUGUCUACGCCAUCCCGUCCAAAAACAGAGUUCUGCUCACAGGAACUCCGGUCCAGAACAACCUGAGAGAAAUGUGGGCCCUCUUUGACUUUGCCUGCCAGGGAACUCUGCUUGGCACCGCUAAAACUUUCAAAACAGAGUACGAGAACCCCAUCACCCGGGCCAGGGAGAAGGACGCCACUCCAGGAGAAAAGGCUCUGGGGAUGCGGAUGUCGGAGACCCUCAUGACCACAAUCAAGCCCUACUUCCUCCGCAGGACCAAAUCAGAAGUGCAGAAAAACAAAAAAGGUGGCACAGAUUCACUCAAAGAGCAACACUCGGACAACAACGAUGUCCCACGUGUUCCAAAAGACUCUGGAGCCGUGAUGCCUGAACUGACGAGGAAGAACGACCUGAUUGUGUGGACGUACCUGAGUUCUGUUCAGGAGGACAUCUACAGGCAGUUCAUCUCUCUGGACCACAUCAAGGAGCUGCUGCUGACCACCAGAUCUCCUCUGGCUGAACUUAACAUAAUGAAGAAGUUGUGCGACCAUCCCAGGCUGCUCUCUGCUGCCGCCAUCAGCAAGUUAGGUUUGGAGGAAAACGGAGGCGAGGGCCAGCAGGGAGACGAGGCCGACACCGACGCCCACAGCAUCGACAACGUCCCCGACGACACCUUAAUAUCAGAGUCCGGGAAGCUCGUCUUCCUGUUCGCACUGCUGGAGAGGCUCCGAGAGGAAGGCCACCGAACACUGGUGUUCGCUCACUACAGGAAGGUUCUGGACAUCAUAGAGCGUAUCCUCGGCAACAGAGGUUUUAAAGUGCUGAGGCUGGACGGUACCAUAAUGCAGAUCGCAGAGAGAGAGCGCCGCAUCUCUUUGUUCCAGACAGACAACCGUUACUCCGUCUUCCUCCUGACCACGCAGGUCGGUGGAGUCGGCAUCACUUUGACAGCAGCCAACCGCGUGGUCAUCUACGAUCCCAGCUGGAACCCGGCCACGGACGCCCAGGCAGUGGACCGGGCGUACCGCAUCGGACAGACGGAAAACGUCGUCAUCUACCGGCUCAUCACUUGCGGCACUGUGGAGGAGAAGAUCUACCGCCGGCAGGUUUUCAAAGACUCCCUCAUCAGGCAGAACACCGGCGACAAGAAGAACCCGUUUCGGUACUUCAGCAAGCAGGAGCUGAAGGAGCUCUUCACGCUGGAGGACACCAGGUCGUCGUCCACGCAGCUGCAGCUUCAGGAGCUUCAUUCCCGACACCGACGGACCGACUCGGAGCUGGACGAGCACAUCGCUCACCUCCACGCCAUGGAGAUGUUCGGCAUCUCCGACCACGACCUCAUGUUCUCCCUGGACGUCCACAACGACGAGGCGCCCGAGAACCAAGAGGAGCACCAAUACAUCGAGGGGCGGGUCCAGAAGGCCCAGGAGCUGAUGAAGGCUGAGUCGGAGCUGCAGGUGCAGCUGGCAGAAAACAUGAUGUCCAGCACAGAACCAGCCUGGCUCAGACAACCAGCAAACAGCAGAGGGUCGCAUGAGAGGAACCCAAGAAGUCCUAAACAGAGUCCUGCAUGUCCACCGCAGGACCACAAGUUCAACGAGUCAGUGGUUGUGGUGGAUUUGGACCAGGACAACCAGCAGAACCUGACUGACCGAGUUAUCGAUCUGACUGGAUAUCAGAGUGCAGCAGAAGUUGUAGAGGUCAGUCAGGAUGAAGUUCAGCCUCCAGUCAAAGAGGAGAGCAUUUACAUGGAGGCAGCUGAGGAGGUGAUGGAGCCGAACGAAGCUCCAGAAGCUGGAGAUCCAGAAGCUUCUGUUGGAGAACUGAUGGAAACAUCUGAGGUGUCUGAGGCAGCAGGUGACGGCACCUUCCUGGAAGCUGAACAAGAUGAACAGCAGCUAAACGGAACUUCACACUCUAAAUCUGGCUCCGACAUGGACUUGGGUCAUCAUCACGUCUCACUUCUGCAGAACCAAAGACUUUCUGUCCUGCAAGCUUCCAAGUCCAGCUUCAGAGGAGACGUGUCCUCCAGAAUCAGCAGCGGCCUUGAGUCCCUGCACGGGAACUUCCAGUUACAGCUGGACGACAGCGACGUGUCCUCAGAAGAUCCGGACACCGAAGCCGAGGAGCGACGGCUGCUGUCUCAGCUGCACAUGGAGGGAAGCUUCAGCGUCAACAAGUCUCUGUCUGAGCAGCAGCAGAGAGAAGCUUCCAGGCAGAACGUCAGCCUCGUCACCACCAUGGACGAGUCGGCGGACGAUUCCAUCUUGGCGACCAGGAAGAAGAGAGCGGCGGUGAUUUAUGACAGCGAGGAGGAGGACGAAGAGCAGCGGCUAAUGAAGAGCCAACUGGAGAACUCCUUCCAGGCCCUCGGAGCUUCAACGCCCAAAUCUGGUUCCACUCCUGUGCUAUCCAGAAGGAGCGUCGGAGGAAACACCUCUGUGGCGUCACGCCGGUCGCUGCUGCGGUCCAUCAUGGAGGUCAUGGACGACCCGGAGGAGGAGGAAGAUGAAGGCCAUGAUGAUGUUUCAGAACGUUCUGAUGAAGCUGAGGAGGACGACGCUGUCGGUUCCAGCGGUGAUGAGCUUCAACUGGAGGAGACCGAAGGAGAGACUCUGAACUCAGAGGAUGAGGAUGAUGAAAGUGAUGAAGAGGAGCAUCAGUCCGAGGAGAUGAACUUGGAGGAGUCCAGCGGUGAUCCUGAGCUUUCUUCUUCUGAGAGGAUGGAUCGAUGCGCCGCAGAGACCAACGGGAUGGAAGACGUCUGCGAGGCCGAGAGCUACGAGUGUCUGGUGAGCAGAGGGAAGGAAUGUUUCAGCAGAGCUCAGCUGGACGAAGCUCUGGGCUUCUUCCUCAGAGCCAUCGACAUCCAGCCUGGAGACCCCGAAGUCCAGCUGAUGACCAUCCAGCUGUACCGGCAGCUCAGUCAGAGGAGGUUACAGCGCUGACGUUUCUUCUUCAGCCAAUCAGCGAUCACCGUCAGGCCGCUUCGCUCCCUUUGGCUGAGGCUCGUUCGGCUCCUGUCGGUGAGUUCCGGUGAAGGUCGAACUGCUCAUCCCGAUGACGCGGAGGAGCGCUCGGUUUGUGUCACCUCACGGCGCGGCGAGGUGCGCCUGCGCAGUUUUGAACUCGGUUUAAGUUUGGUCACGUGGUCAGAGAACAACGAUUGACUUCCGGUUUGACCGCUCUACCUUCAAAAUAAAAUGGAGACUAAACUUUUGCACAGCACAUUAUAGAUCAAAGAAUUGUUUUAUUUCAUGAUAAUAUCAUCUUUAUACUUGGAGCAAAUAUAUCUGUUAAUUUGUUGUUAUGAAUCAUUAGUUAUGAAGUUUCACUUUAAAUUUUUUUAUAAUUGUCACUUUGUUUAGUAGGGCUGCUCAGCGGCGUAGCGGUUAGCACUUUCGCCUUGCAGCAAGAAGAUCCCUGGUUCAAAUCCUGGGGUGGGCCUGGGAUCUUUCUGCAUGGAGUUUGCAUGUUCUCCCUGUGCAUGCGUGGGUUUUCUCCGGGUACUCCGGCUUCCUCUCACAGUCCAAAAACAUGCUGAGGUUAAUUGGUUACUCUAAAUUGUCCGUAGGUGUGAAUGUGAGUGUGAUUGUUCGUCUAUGUAUGUAGCCCUGUGACAGACUGGUGACCUGUCCAGGGUGUCCCCCGCCUUCGCCCAAGUCAGCUGGGAUAGACUCCAGCACCCCCCAUGACCCUAGAGAGGAUGAAGCGGUGUAUAGAGGAUGGAUGGAUGGAUGGAUGGAUGGACUUUGUUAAGUAGUAACAGUGAAAAUAAUACAAAAUAAAAUAUUUAAUGCAGAAAUGUAACUUCAGUGACUAUUAUAGAAUUUGUAGAAAUAGAUUUCAAUAUAACCCUAAUUGUAAGCUUUACAAAGUGUCUCAAAUAAAAACUUAAAACGGCAAUAAAAUUAAAUAAUAUGAAA